AUGAUUUUAGCCCUUAUUAGUACAUUUUAUGGAGCUGUGCUGUGGCAGUUCCCGUGUUAUUUUUUUCGCUUGAUUUGUACCCCCAUGAAGUUACGGCUGAUUUACAAAACGCAAGAAAAUACGAAAAGGAUAAAAAUACACGUUGAGCCAGAGACAACGAUUCAAAUGCUUAAGAAAAGAAAUAACAUAGCACGCAUUACUGAUCAGGAUGACUUUGAACUGCUUGACAAUGAUAAAUUGGGCAACAUUCUUGAUGACAACGAGAUAAUUGUGUGCUAUAGCUGCACAGAUGGCGAAAAUAGCAAGGAGGGCAGUAAGAAUAAAUCAGAAGAAAGGCCGGUUAAAAGCCUUUCAGAGAUUAAGAUUGAGGAACAGGAGAGAACUAAGAAGAAGAAUACGAAAAGUAAGAGCAUAGCAGCAAAAUUUACAUCAGCUGGUAGUACUGCUGCUGUAUCAGCAAAGGUUCGCGAUGAACAUGUGAGCGAACGUAAAGAAAACGUUCAGAAUCGAUCCAAUGAACUCAUACGAGGGAGGGCUAGGAACAACGUUCCGCCUCCAACCAAAAGCGAAAAGAAGAAUGCUGAUCAUACGAUAGCCUCACCGGCCAAGAACACGGUCAAAAGUACGACAAUAUCCGAUGGUAUUGCAAAAACUUCCCAGAACAACUCCUUGGACCCUACGAGUAACACGGUUGAUGCAACGGAGCACGGUGUUUGCGAGAGUAGCAGCAUCAAACAGCCAAAAAGGACCAGGGAAAGGGAAGCAAACAGGAAAAAGGAGCAAGCAACGGACAGUAAUGAAGAGACAGCCACGAAGAUGAGCAUGUUUAAGUCAUUUAAUAAGCGAGAGAAUGAAAAGAAGUUAACUUUGGAUGACUUGUGA